AUGCCUUUCUCCUUCAUCCCUCCGUUUCGGCCCUUGCGCUACCCUUCAAUCCUCAUAAUUCAAUCCCAGAAAAUUGAAGAAAUCAUGGCCGCGGCUGGCAGCGUUGUUCCUGCUGGACCUGGAGAGGUUGUUAUCCAGACGAAUUUUGUCAAUAUGCGAGUCAAUGUCACGGAUCCUGAGAUGGUCACAGCCGCCACCAAUCUCCUAGACACUGCCAUGACAGUCAAUCUAGCUACCCUGAGAUCGGGCCUGGUCUAUCGCCACAUUCUCCUCGGCGGUCUCCUCGGCGGCGGCCUGAUUCUCCUUGGCGGCGGCCUGAUUCUCUGGUUCACCGGCGGCCGUGAGCUGCUGCAAAGGCUUGCCGCGCGUAGGGAAUAA